GUUUCACCACCAUUGACAGGUUGCACCUCCUUGACUAACUACUGCACCACCACUUCCUCCAUCAUCGAUAAUCUUAAACUUUUGUCAAUAUUUUUUUUUCAUAAUCUCAUCUUUCUUUUCUAAUUUUAUGAAAUUGUGAUUUGGGUUGUUUAAUUGUUGUAUACUAUUUCAAAGCUCAAAUCUUUAGUAAUCACUAAACCAACUCUUGAAAUUUUCUUUACAUAUUCCUCCGCCGGAGCACAAGUGUUCGAUCGUGACUGUAAUCGCUACUCGAACAGCCGACUGCAUCUCUGACAGACUGCCAUACCACUUCCUUCAUUUUCGUUGAUUCAGCUAGCGAUUGUCGAGUUGCAAAUAUCUGCAUGGCUUUUAUGAAACUUUUGUGGGACAUUACCAAAAAGUGUUUCACUGUUGGCCUCAUAUCCGUGACUAUUUCUGACCGUUAUGCAUGUCUCACACCUAUUUCUGGACACUCGAUGUCUCCGACAUUUAAUCCUGUAGAUAGUAACAUUAAUGACUUCGCGUUGGUGGAGAAAUUUUGCCUCAAGAAGUACAACUUUUCACAUGGUGAUGUUAUAGUUUUCUUCUCUCCAACUAACCACAAGGAGAAACUUGUGAAGAGAAUCGUUGCUAUGCCUGGUGAUUGGCUCAGUGUGUCCAAUCCGUUUGAUACAGUGAAGAUCCCUCCUGGCCAUUGUUGGGUGGAGGGCGACAAUUCAGCUGCCAGUGCAGAUUCAAGAUCUUUUGGUCCUGUUCCUCUUGGUUUAGCCCAGGGUAGAGUAACACAUGUUUUAUGGCCGCCUCAACGAAUGAGGAAAGUAGAAAGAGUGGUUCCUCAACACAGGCUUUCAAUGUUUUCCUGACAAACCAAAUGCCUAUUUUUGUCUUCCAUUUUGUGUAUCUAAUGCAGUUAAACUGACAAUUUUGAUACCACCAGCUAGCAGUCUUUCAGUUGAUGAUAUUUGUUCUACGAACUCCGCAUUGCCGCUUUUCUUGUUAAUGAAAAACAAACUUGGACAUGUAAUUCUAGAGUUACCUAGAGCUGUUCAAAUAAGACCCGAUUCGAAAAGCUAAACCGAAAAUAUGGUUUUUAAGCUUUAUCAACCGAAGUUGUACACGAACCGGCUGGCAACCGAAAAUGGAAAAUCGAAUUCGAGAUACAACUGAUUUUAUGACGGACAUGUAACGAUUAACCGAUAUUACCCGAACCUAAUUGUGACCAAACCGAGUCAUAUCCGACUCGAAUCAUGCAUGAAAUUGACCUCAAUCCAACUAAAA